ACCGUUGAAUAAAUAUAGAAAAACCAAAAUAAGCAAAAGUAUAGAGAGAGAAGAAGAGAGAGAGAGAGAGAGAAAAGGGAGAAGAAGAAGAUUGAAGAGAGAAAGAAUCGCUUGGUUUAUAAGCCAUUAAAGCCUUCCUUGUUGGAAUACCCAUUUACAUAUAUGCAUUGAAAAGUGAGAAAGGAUUGUAAUGGCAGAUUCUAAUUCAAGUACCGAUUCUGUUUCCAUUGAUGUUGAGACCAUUUAUCUUGGCGGAAAGGAGCACAUUGUACGGACUGGCUGCGGCUCUGUCUCUGUUAUAGUUUAUGGAGACCAAGAGAAGCCACCACUGAUAACUUAUCCAGAUUUAGCUCUAAAUCAUAUGUCGUGUUUCCAAGGAUUGUUCUUCUGUCCGGAAGCAGCUUCAUUGCUGCUCCAUAACUUUUGCAUUUACCACAUAAGUCCUCCGGGGCAUGAGUUAGGAGCUGCAGCAAUUUGUCCAGAGGAGCCUGUACCUUCAGUGGAUGAUUUGGCAGAUCAGAUAGUUGAGGUUCUUAACUAUUUUGGGCUGCGGUCAGUUAUGUGUAUGGGAGUAACAGCUGGUGCUUAUAUACUCACCUUAUUCGCGAUAAAACAUAGGGAACGUGUUCUUGGUUUGAUUCUUGUUUCCCCUGUAUGCAGAGCACCUUCUUGGAGCGAAUGGUUUUAUAAUAAGGUCAUGUCAAAUUUACUUUACUUCUAUGGAAUGUGUGGUCUGCUGAAAGACUUUUUACUAUACCGCUACUUCAGUAAGGAGGUUCGGGGGUCUGCAGAAGUUCCAGAAUCAGAUAUAGCUCAAGCAUGCAGAAGAUUGCUAGAUGAGAGGCAAAGCAUAAACAUUUUACGGUUUCUACAAGCUAUUGACGGGAGACCAGAUAUCACACAAGGAUUGAAGAAACUACAAUGUCGAACCCUCAUAUUUGUUGGGGAUAGUUCUCCUUUCCAUUCAGAGGCUCUCCACAUGACUGCUAAAUUGGACAGACGAUUCAGUGCCUUAGUAGAGGUACAGGAGUGUGGAUCAAUGGUGACAGAAGAACAGCCACAUGCAAUGUUGAUACCAAUGGAGUAUUUUCUCAUGGGAUAUGGACUAUACAGACCUAACCAGUUCAGUGGCAGCCCAAGGAGUCCUCUUAGUCCAUCUUGUAUCGCCCCCGAGCUUCUCUCUCCGGAGAGCAUGGGGCUCAAAUUGAAACCUAUCAAGACCCGGAUUGAAUCCAAGCUCCUCGGUGAACAACAAUAAU